AUGGCGUUCCUCAUUUCCCUUCUGAUGGGAACACAGAUACUGUGCUCCCUGGCUCGUUCUCCACCUCAUCCAGGACCUCCGCCACCUCGACCUCCUGCUGGGACAACUUCCCUGCCAUGUAACAGUUCCUCGGUAAAGGAAACUGCAGAGCUGGUCCUAGACAAGAUCAAUGAAGACCGCAAAGAAGGCUACGUGCUGGGACUCCAGCGAAUCUUUGAUGUCCAUCAAGGUCCAUGGACUGUGGAUGUGCUGGAAACUGACUGCCAUGUCCUGAGCAGGAAAUCCCGGAAGGAUUGCCAGUUUAGACCUCCACAUGAGACGGUCUUCGGCCAGUGCCAUGUAAAUUGGGCCAUCAACAAACAGUCGAGUAUUCAAGUUCUCACCUACAACUGCUUUUUAUACCCACUCCCAGCAUCUGCUAUUACAAGGUUUUGCCCCGACUGCCCAGUUCCUGGGGACCUGACUCAGUCCAGGUUUUUGGAGGCAGCCGCUCUGAGUCUGGCCAAAUUCAACAUGGAAAACAACCACGCCCAUUUCUUCAACGUCCGCAACGUCACCAGAGCACGGUCGCAGUGGGUCAUUGGCCCUGCUGUCUUUGUGGAAUAUGUUAUCCAGGAGACGUCCUGCUCCAAAAGCCAGCCUGUGUCUGACCUCUCCGAGUGCCCGUUCCUCCCAUACGAAACGGCAGAUCUGGGUGUGUGCAGAGGCUCCGUGGUAGACAGCAAGACUGAUAAUGAAAAACAUGUCUCAGCAAGGUGUGAGAUUUUCCACAGACAGGAGCCAGACCCCAACCAGCCUGAUGGACAUGGCGCUCCUGAGGGGAGCCGUCCCUUGGGUAAGCCAGGUUUGACCAAGCCGGCUCGGCCGGCCCCCCACUCUCCAUUCCCCGGUGGGUUUCCGGAGUCAGAUACUUGUCCGGGAGAAAUCCUAGCCUUUGUUUUGGGUGUCGAACCUUUCCUGCCCAAAAGGUCUGUAGAAGUGUCACCAACGGGACCCCAAGCGAAGGAAAAAAGGAAAACAUUGAUGGGCCAAUCCCCUUGA